CUUGAAUGAAUCCUACUCUUUUACAGCCUGCCCAGAACACCUGAUCUAUCACUGACAGCUAUCCAGUUGUGGUCAUUCAUCCUCUUCUGCUGCGAUCAUGAACUCACACGUGAAUGGAGAAGUCAACUGCAACUUUAUCACCAGCCACACCAAUGGCACCAUGGACAUGAAAAAAGCUCUGAUACAGCAAAAUCUAAAGGAGGGCAAAAAAGAGCAGCUGGAUCAGGAGAAGCUUCCGUUAUUAGAAGGUGCCUACAACACCAUCCUCCGAGAGCUGGGCGAGGACACCGAAAGAGACGGACUGCUCAAGACCCCCCUAAGAGCUGCAAAAGCCAUGCAGUUUUUUACCAAGGGAUACAACGAAAACGUUAAUGAUAUACUCAACAACGCCAUGUUUGACGAGAACCAUGAUAAGAUUGUCAUUGUGAAGGACAUCGAUGUGUUUUCUCUUUGUGAGCAUCACUUGGUACCAUUUUUUGGCAAGGUUCACAUUGGCUACUUACCAAACAGAAAAGUAGUUGGACUGAGCAAGCUGGCAAGAAUUGUUGAGAUCUUCAGUCGACGGCUACAAGUUCAAGAGCGUCUCACAAAACAGAUCGCAUUAGCCAUCAAUGAAGCUCUGCAGCCACUGGGGGUGGCUGUUGUUAUGGAGGCUUCGCACAUGUGUACGGUAAUGAGGGGCGUGCAGAAGAUGAACAGCAGAACCGUCACCAGCACCAUGCAUGGAACCUUCCGGGAUGAUCCCAAGACCAGAGAAGAAUUCCUCUCGCUGAUCAAACAAUAAGAAGCUGCUCUGUAUAUGUCCAUAAUUUUAUCAUAGACAAUAAAUUGUAAAAGAUUUGGUUCUUAAACCAAUGGUGCUGAACACACUGAUUAAAUUCUCUUAUCAUAAAAAGAAAAUAAAAAUGUGUUUUUACAUAG